GCCCGCUGAAGCGGGCUCAAGAUGGCGGCGCCCUGCGCGACCUUCCGCUGCUUGUUGGGACCCUGGGGCCGCUUGGCGCUGCUUCGUCAGGCUGCUGCCGGCUCCCUUCGGUUCUACGGUGUGCGGGCUGCCGCCACUGGCGAGCUGGUGACGCACACGGGGCAGGUAUAUGAUGAAAAGGAUUACAGGAGAGUGAGAUUUGUUGGACGGCAAAAGGAGGUGAACAAGAAUUUUGCAAUUGAUUUAAUAGCAGAGCAGCCUGUGAGUGAGGUUGAAAGCAGAAUUAUAUCAUGCGAUGGUGGUGGUGGAGCUUUGGGACAUCCUAAAGUGUACAUAAACUUGUGAUCAUCAGGCUGGCCUUCGUCCUUCGUAAUGAUGUAGACUAAAGAGGUAAUGAUUUAUAAGUAGGUUGCUGUAUACGACUGAUGAAAUUCUCUCAUGUGCAACCAUCUCUGCAAAGAGAUACGUUGUUGUAUGUGGUCAUCUUCUUUGAGCCUUUGAUUUUUCUUAUGAAUAAUGUAUCUACUUGGGUCACUGUUGUUCAUAGUAAAUUAACAAUGUUUAAGUUGGCACAUCAUCUGCUGAGGACUCUGACAGAUCCUUUCCCACUGGUGUCAGCUAUGGAAUUCUGUUCUUGUACUCCCUAAAGUACUUCUUUCAUGUAGAGCUAUUGAUUUCUACCAGUGAAGCAGAGGAGGUCUGUACUUUGCAUUGACAAUCGUCAUAGGAAAACUCCAGGCUUCAUUAUAUAUUUCCUGGCAGCUAGGUUUACAUAUCUAGUUGUGAAUGGCUGUGUAUAUGAAGUCUCUUGCACUUCAGGUCCUACCAUCCACAUAUCUGUGAAAAGACCAACUUUAAUCAGCAUGAAAAAAAGUGAAGAAAAUCAGAAAUUAUUGUUGCCUAUAUCCCAACCAUAUAAGUGGAUGUGUGUGGAAAUGGAUUUAUGACUGUAGACUAAAACACUGAAGUAUUAAGGCAGCAUUAUGUUUCUUAGACAAAAAUUCUGAUUAGAAAGCAAUAUGGAAUAAAACAUACAGACCUGAAUUCUAUCAGUUACUGUUCUGUUUUUCAUGGAUAACUUCUUCCAAGGCUGGAAGUAUAGAGCCUUGUUCCAGUUACCAUAGUACAAACCAUAACAUAUGCUCAGAUACUAUGAGAAUAGGGAGUAUUCUCCAUUCUCUAAUUAAAAAAGCAACUAAAUAUGGGUUUGUAAGCUGAGUCUGGUUAGUUUGUAAAAAGCAUAAAGCACUAUUUUAUCUGACUGACUUAAUAUGCAAGUGCAUCUUUCUAAAGUUUCUUUGAAUCAUACAGCAUCUGAUUGUACUCUGGAAUUUGCUCGUGUAACGUGCAUCUCAAAAUUAGCAGACAGCAUCCCUGUACUUCCUGUGCUAAUAUUAAAUAAAAUACAGCACACGAUAAUAGCAACAGAAAUGUUUAGUUCUAUGAUAGCUACAUUAUUGGCAUUCUUUGGUAUGUUCUCUGCUAUUGAUCUACGAAGGCUCUAAGAGUAACUAAAUUUUUGUGGUGGCCUCUGAGUAUGUUGUCUAAACCUGAAACCAAGGAUUGCUGAAAAUUGCAUCUGUCAGUUCAGCCCUGCUAGUGGAAGGGAUUGAUUGGGGUAAAAAUGACCUUGUAUUCAACUUGUCAUGAAUAUUACGGUAUAAAUUAUCAUGCCUCGUCAGACACCCAUCAGGACUUGUGUAAUUAGGGAAGAAUAGUAGUUUCAUCAGAAGCAAUAUAUCACAACAAGAAAGGUAUAAUCAAAACCAUAAUAUGUAUCCUUGCUGUAAAUGUCAUUGAUUUGGAUGAUGAUACUUCUACAUACUUUUCUUUUUGUCAAGCAUUGUUCAGCAUUAGCAGCUGGUGCCACAAGAUCACGGAAGAACAUGCAUGUCCAGGUAGUAACAGCUUUUGUUUCAAGCUUUCCAGAUCACAAAUCUCCAAAUCUUCUAUUGACUGACUGCAGUGUGAAGUUGCAAGUUGAACGUGCUGACUGCCUAUUUUUGCCAUGCUGAGAACAGCUCACAGGGCUCAGAAGUGGUGCACUUAACUGACAGUAACAGGAACUUUAUUUUUCUGCACCUGAAAGUUCUGCAGUCAUUCUUGAUUAUUCCAGGUCUGCAUUUCCAUCCAAUGACUUGAUACUCAUUUUGCCAUCUGAAAUACUUAGCAUUCAGGUGUGAAAAAUUGAGAUGACAAAGCAAAAAUUUCUAUGUGGAAGAACAGAUUUUGUAAGAGGAAUCAAAAAUGCAAUUUCUGCAGAAUUGGAUCAAUGUGCUGGAACACUGGGAACAUUGCUUAUAAACUUCCCCCACUACCUUAGCAUCAUGUAAAUGCUUUGAGAAUAUGCGUAAGUGUACUUAUCCUGCUGAUACUACACCUUGCUUUAGGAAGUCCUCCCAGUCACCUUGCUGUGCCUAUGUUUUUAUUGCUGCUGACCAUUGUAUACUAGCAUAAAUGCCUGUUCUUUUUGAAACUAUCACUAGGUCUAAAGCAUACAUUCAAAUGAUCUAAGAAAGCAGUUGUUUGUCUACAUUUUCUUUUAAGCUUGUCUGGAUCAAGAAAUCUAAGACUGUGUUCACUACAGUGGUUAAUGAACAGAUUGAAAUCUCUGUAUUCUGUAAUAAUUACACAUUUAGAUGAAAAAUCUUACAGGAAAUUUGAGCUCUCAUAGCAUAGCAACUUGGCAAAAUAUUGCAUAAUCUUUGUUAGCCUUCACAUGAAAUUGUUAUCUUAACAUCAUGUAAUUUUCAUUUGUGCUAACUUUAUCUAAGUACUAGUCAUUGUCUUUUGCAAUUUAUUUUCUCUACUGGAGAAGGGGGAGAAAAUAACUGAGAGGCCUGUGUAAGUAUGUUUGCUUGGGACAGAAUAGCUUAUUUCAGAAGAUGUAGCUAAGAACAUAAGAAUAAAAUUUACAUAAUUUUAA